CUUCCUGUUUGGAGUACAGUCCUGAGGAAGAAGAGAGGUGGUCCUCUCUCGUAUCAACUCAAGGAGAUGCUUGACAGCACCAUCGUCUGUAUUUCCUACAUUUAACUGUACCAUUCGGAGUAUAUUUAGACGUUUUUAUUUCCUUCAGGGUUUGAUAUAUAUAUUGUUCUUUGGAGAGGUAGCUAUCCUUAGCGGGAAACGAAACGCCAGAUGAACGGAGCAGCAUUCCCUUCCCCCACGGCAGAGAUGGCGGAGAUGAACCGUAUCCAGUAUGAGCUGGACUACACCGAGGGGAUCAGUCAGAGGAUGCGCAUCCCUGAGAUGCUCAAAGUGGCUCCUCAUUCCCACCAGGACCCUGAUGUUGGAUUUCAGGAGGUCCCCCAUAGUGUCAUAAUGCAAGUCCCAGAGAGAAUUGUGGUUUCAGGAGACAGUAAUGCCCAGUUCCCCAGACCCAGAGAUCUGGACCUAAUCCAGUCAACACCACUAGAAACCCUGUCCCUGAAGACUCCACCCAGAGUCCUGACCCUCAAUGAGCGGCCCUUGGACUUCCUGGAAGAGGAGCAGCGGGCAGCUCCAGACAGCGAGGAGGUGUUGCGGCCCCAAGGACGAUUACGGCGGGAACGCUCAGCAAGUGAGAAUGCAGCUGCCCGUCAUAACAGUCAGCUGUUACGCAACGAUUCAGCUGUGACCCCUCCUCCCCCGGCCACUGUCCACCCUUGCCCCUCUCUCACCACGACUGAGGAAGAACACAACCUGUACAGCGCUAACGGUGUUCUAUCUUUCAUCCAGUCCACUACACGUCGGGCUUACCAGCAAGUCCUGGAGGUCUUGGAUGAGAACCCUCGCAGCAAACCAUCACUGCGAGGGGGGUCGGCCUCAAGCUCCAACCCCCUGCAUGAAUCCAGGCUUACACUAUCAACAUAUGAAGCCUCACUGGAUGGGGGACCUGAUGACAUGACUGUGGUCGAUGCAACAACACUUCGACGUCAGCUCAUCAAGUUGAACCGGAGACUCCAACACUUGGAAGAGGAGAACAAGGAGAGAGCAAAGCGUGAGAUGAUCCUGUACUCAGUCACUGUAGCUUUCUGGCUCGUCAACACCUGGGUGUGGUUGCGACGUUAGAGCUGGCCUACGUUUCUGCCAUCACCAUGACAGAAGAACGUACUACCCCUUAUUCAAUGUGUCAAAUGUUAGCUAUGCGCUGCACUCAGUCCCUGUAGGAGGAGAAGACCGUGUGACACAUGUGCCCAAGGCCUGUGGAUCACAGGGCUGAUAUUUUGAUUUAGUUUAUUUAAUACAUGUACAGUUUUAUUUUUUUACUCUUAUUUCAUCCGGUCUCGUGUUUUCUCAUGUUUUGUUUUUAUUACAAAUCUUCUCGCUCCACGCUAAGCAUGACGUGUUGUAAAUAUUUGUUCAUGUCACUCAGAGCUGUGGAAAGAACCCAUCCAGAGACACAGUACAGCAGAGUUUACCAAAAUUGGAAAACGGAGCUGUAAUGUGGAGAUGUAACAUGCUGAAUAUUUAUUGCGGACAGAGUAAUAUGUGAGUUGAACCUGGACAUGUAAUGGAAUUUAGUAAAACCAUACAUACGA